AUGAGAGAAUGGUUUGAUUGGCCUAAGCUUUGCGACUACGCGCAGGCGUGGGCCAACCACCUAGCGCACACCAACAAGUUUCACUACAGGAACGACCGCGACGUUGGCCAAAAUCUCUAUCAGCGACCAGUCAGCGCGUUGCAACCUGACGUCACAGGUCAAGAAGUAUCUUCGUACUGGUACGCAGCAGUUCGUCAAUACAAUUUCUUCAAGGAGAAUGAUGUUCUCCAUGCUAAUGUCAAUGCAGGUCACUUCACACAAAUGGUUUGGGUUGCGACGCGUUUCUUCGGGGUCGGCAAGGCUCGUUCUCGAGCCGGCAAGGUGAUUGUGGUCGCGAACUAUUCGCCACCCGGCAAUAUAUCAGGACAGUUCGAGACCAACGUCCUCCCUCCACUGCCCGAGAAUCUCCCCGAGUUCGCUCCACCUACGGUUCAGUGA